AGAGCGCAUGCGUAGAUUUCACCGGCCAUCUUUGCAGAAGUAUCUUUUUUCCCAAUCGUGGAGGUAAAUUUUUAAUGCAUCAAAAUGAGUGAUAUCGACCCAGACAAGCUUAAAGUAACAGAGCUGCGAGAUGAACUUAAAGCCAGAGGAUUAGACACAAAGGGUGUCAAAGCUGUGCUUGUCGAAAGAUUAAAACAAGCCCUCAGCGAUGAACAUGGAGGAGGAGGUGAAGAGAGGCCUGAACGAGAGGAAGCUACAGAGGAAUCACAGGAAGAUGAUGCUGCUGCUGAAGAGGAGGAAGAGUCCCAGGAAGCUACUGCAGGAGAUGGUGGGGAUACUGGAGCUCAGGAUGAGGAGGAAGAGGAAGAAGAGUACCAAGUAGUGGAAGCUGAGGAAGAGGGUGGAGAGGAGGAAGAAAAGACAGUUGAGGAAAAGGGUGAUGAGGAACAAGUAGAUGAAGAGCCCGAAGCCAAAGAAGAAGGGAUGGCACAGGAAGCAGAAGAGAAUGGUGAAGGGGAUGCUGGUGUGGAAGAGGGCACUGCUGGUGAAGGAGAGGGAGAGGGGGAAGAAGAGAUGGAAAUGCCAGAUGAGCUUGGAGAAGAGUUUAGAACAAUUGAUGAGACUUCACAAGAUGAAGAUGGACAAGAUGAAAGAGGAUCCAAGAGAAAAAGAUCACGAUCUCGUUCUAGGGAUAGGCAUCGAGGUCGCAGGUCCCGCUCUAGAGAAAGACAUCGUAGUCCACCAGCACGAAAAAUAGAAAUGGAUGACAGCAGUUGGGAAUCGUUAACUUCAUUUCAGCUGGACAGAUAUAACUGUGACCUGAAUUUAAGAAUUCAAGAUGAUGGUCUCAAGGCUUGCCCUUUGACAGUAGAAGGUUUUGCAUUUAUGUGGGCUGGUGCUCGAUCCAUGUAUGGUGUAAGGUCCGGCAAAGUGGCUUAUGAAGCAAAGCUUUUGGAGAAUCUCAAUGUUGAUCACCUGCCGAAGGACGAAACAAACCCUCAUGUUUUACGUGUUGGGUGGUCUGUGGACGACACCAGUUUGCAGCUUGGUGAAGAACCACUGUCUUAUGGUUAUGGAGGUACAGGCAAAGCUUCCACUGACUGUAAAUUUACUGACUUCGGCCAGACUUUUACUGCUGGGGACAUCAUCACAGCUUACUUGGACAUGGACAGUGAUCCGGUGACAAUGUCUUACUCCAAAAAUGGUGAAGACCUUGGUGUAUGCUUUGAAGUGGAGAAAGAGAAGCUGGAGGAUAAGGCACUGUUUCCACAUUUGCUUACCAAGAACACAGAGUUCGAGUGCAACUUUGGGCAGAGGGAGGAGCCAUUCUUCCCACUGAAAGAGGGAUAUAUAUUCAUAAACUCAGUUGCUGAAGAAGAACGAGUACGUGGAUCAUGUCCACCUGCCCAGAAAGAAGAUUGCGAGAUCAUCAUGAUGGUGGGUCUUCCUGGGGCAGGCAAGACUUAUUGGGCAGAGAAGCAUGCUGGUGCCAAUAAGGAGAAGAGGUACUUUGUGCUGGGCACAAACAACAUUAUCGACAAGAUGAAGGUCAUGGGACUGCCUAGAAAGAAAAACUACAGCGGCCGCUGGGAUGUGUUGAUUGAUAAAGCCACCAAGUGCCUCAAUCGAAUGAUUGAGAUUGCUGCCCGCAAAAAACGAAACUACAUCCUUGACCAGACAAAUGUCUAUGCAUCAGCUCGACGACGUAAAAUGCAGCCUUUCGAAGGUUUUCAACGCAAGGCGGUGGUGGUUGUACCCACCGACGAGGAGUUCAAAGUCCGGGUUGAGAAAAGAGAGAAGGAAGAAGGAAAAGAGAUUCCCGAAAAAGCUGUACUUGAGAUGAAAGCUAACUUCAGUCUGCCAGAGGUGGGACAGCUUUUUGACAGUGUGGAGUUCUCAGAAGCCGAACAUGUAACGCCAGAAGAUGCUGAGAAAUUGGUCGAGAAGUACAAAAAAGAGGCUCGUGACCAAUUGCCCCCACCUGAAAAACGAUUCCGAGACAGUCGCUACUCUGGUGAGAGCUCCAUUGCAGUCGUUGAUCGUGGGCGUCGAGACUUUAGAGAGUUCCGUCCAAGAGGAGGCUACCGUGGUGGUUUUGACAGGGAUCGUUACGGUGCACGAGGGGGUUUUCGUGAAGAUCGUAGAGGAGGAUUCAGUAGUCGACCAUACCCAGAUCGUAGAGGUGGCUAUGCUCCUCGAGGGGCGUCAUUUGACAGCCGAAGUUGGGGACGCAAUGACAACCGCAGAUUUGAUGAUCGUCGUUCAUAUGGCAGUGGAAGUAGUGGUGGUGGUGGUGGUGGUGGUGGUAGUGGUGGCGGCGGGUAUCGGUCUGGCAGUGGAUAUCAGGGCCAGCGCAGUAGUGGUGGUUACUAUGGUGGAGGAGGAAGCAGUGGUGGUGGCGGCGGUGGUGGUGGCAGUGGCGGCUACAAGGGCUGGGGAAGCCAGGGGUCAUGGGGACACCAAGGCAGCUGGGGAAGUGGUCAGGGCCAGUUCAGUGGAUCAUCCGGCUACAGGAACUAUGGCAGCAGCUGGAAUCAAGGUGGAGGCAGCUGGGGUGGGCAGCCCAGCUACUGGAGUGGUGGAGGUAGCAGCGGCAGUGGAUACGGCAGUGGUGGAGGUGGCAGCAGUGGUUACAACUCUGGUUGGGGUGGUGGCUAUAAGUAAACACCAUUCACAGACUAACAAAAACUGUGUUAAGAGGAUCUUGUAUGCUCGCAUACAGGGAACAUUCUGUGUUGGGGAUGCAGGGGUGCAGUAAGGGAAAGGGGUGGUGUUAAUUGCUGGACUGUGUCAGACAUUAGUAAAUCAACGUUAGCAUUGUGCAUUUUCCUGAUGGAGAAAAAAUGUCAUCAUCUUUCACAUUUGUCUCAUAUUUAGUCCACAGUGGGAUGGGAUACCAAGAAAAACACUUAGUUCCUUUAUCAAUCUCUUCUCAUCAUCAUAAAAAUAUUUGAUCAUUGAAAAAUAUAGCAGGCAGCAUUUGUCCAGUCUUUCUGUGUGACUGGUGUUUUCAGAAUUUUUCUUCCUUUGCCUGGCAUCGUGAUUACAGUGUUAACAGUUUUUAUUUUUUUAUUUCUUCUCAUGUGGACACCUUCAAAGGGGGUGGGGUGAAAUAUCUUUGUUGACCUAAAGGAUUUUUGAAAUCUUCCCUCUUGCCAUCACCGUUUGAUGUCCAUUUGAGUUGAUGCUGAGAUGCUGAUGAGAAUGCUUUCCACAAUGUAUUGCACUGCGCUUGAUAGAGAAUCAUGACUUUGUCAGAUUUCUUGCCCUGCUGAUGUUGUAAAGUAGGUUUUAAGCAGAAGUGACCUGCAUCUAGUUGAAUUUUCAUCCCCAGAUCUUUUCUUCUUUUAUUUUUCGCUUUGGCUUUACUGGAAUUUGUUAUUGUCAAGAGGAUUUGCACUUAGCAGUUGUUCCACCAGUGGUUGUUGAUGAAAGCAGCUCAAGAGCUAAAGCUGUGUAGGUGGUGCAUUUUAAAAAGAGGUAUCAAGAUAUCCCCACAUUGUAAUUGCUGAAUGGGGAAUGGGGUGUUUGUGUACAAUUUUAUACUUUGUUGAAACAAGUUUUGUCAAUAUGUGUUCAUGGGAUUCAUCUGUCAUACUGUACAAUUCCUCUUUCUUUUUUUUAAAUAAGGCUUGUGUGUUUACAUUGUGACUUUAUGUGUACCACCACCCCCAGGAGGUUAAACGUAGCAUUAUCUUUAAAAUCAGUACUAGUUUUAUUUGGAAGGUAGCUUGAACAAGGUAAUGAUUAAAUAGAUACACCACCCCCUGCCCCACAGAGAAAGUCCUGCUGAUAUGUAGUGUAACUAGGGUGAGCAAGUAGAAUAUAGCAUUACAAAAAUUCACAGCAGAAGGGAAAGUUUUCUAUCACUAUCAAGCACUCCCGUUACAGUAAUAAUGAAUUGUGCAAAGUAAGCUAUACAGAGAAAAAAUGAAAAGAAAGACAGGCGGUGUUGUAGCUUUCUUACAUGUUGGGAGGGAAUAACUGGAGUGUGGCUUGAAAAUUACAAGCUUUUAUGAAACAAAAAUCUUGCGAUCAAGGACCAUGCUCAUCCCUUUCAUAGUCUUGAUUUUAAAAUUGUAUGUUCUGAUUUCAAAUAAAAAAAAUUGUUUUGGA